ACGCCGUUGUAACUGUCAUAGCGUUUAGCUUGUUCUUGUUCGAAUUCCAAACGAGAGUCCCAGAGGCCAGAAUCGCAUUUUGCAUCCUCAGCGCCCAAAAAUGGCGAGCCUGGUACACAAACUGACUAAAAACACUUCUUCUAUAAGAACCAUCAUCACAACCCUCAACACUCCACUAUUUCCAAAACCCACACCCUCAUUUAUCCCCCACCAAACCCAUCUCGCCACAACGAAACAACCAGAAGAAUAUGCGAACGACCCAGUUCCUCUUUUGGGUCCCAAUAGCGAAGCAAAGGUGGAAGCCGUUCAAACAAUACGAUUCUUCCCCAGUUUCCCAUUCGGGUAUUGCUUAAACCUCGUUUCCUCAACUGGGUUUGAGCGUUUUGGGGUGCUCGAGGCCCAGGAGGUCGAACCGGAUGAUGGUGAUGCGAGGAGGAUUUGGGCUGACAGUGUGAAGAAGAAGAGGAAGAAGAAGAUGAACAAGCAUAAGUACAAGAAGCUCAGGAAGCGCCUUCGUCGCAAGGCUAGGGCCUGAUCGGUGAGGAAUGAGGAUGGAUUUUUGAGAUAUAUUGUGCACUCUCUGUAGAGAUUUGGAAUGGAGUUGUUAAUAAUUCUUUAUUUUUCUUUUGGGUUUUUUUUUUUUUUCAUUUGGGAAUCACUGAAUUUAGAAUUGGGAGCUAACAUUUUUGUGUUGCCAUCCAAAAGUUGCUUGCUUUUUCACUUUCUUUGUUUAAUUUAAUGUUUUUGGUAUAUUCGUAUGGAA